GUGCGCAUGCGCUGGGCUUUUUGGCGCGCAAACCGUUCAGAACUUCCUGCUUGGUCACAGGUGGCCCCGUCGGCCCCCGAGGGAUGUCAGUCAGGGGACGUGGAACACCUGCACAAACUGGAUUUUUGCCCUAUCACGACUCUGAGGUACCAUCCGGCAACUGAAGUGUCCUCUUUCCAAUAGAAUGCCUGGCCUCUCCCACCAACUUCACGGUUCAGCCGGAAUGAAAUUUGGCUAACAAGUCACUCAGAUGAGUCACUGGCUCAUUACAAGAUUAUAGAUUUCUAAUCUAUAGCCUUCCAGUUGUGUAGAUCUUAGGAUUCACUCUAAUAUUGGGAGCAGUGCUAUAUAGUACAGACAGUAUUGUCAUUUUUACUGUCCCUGGAGAUUGUUUGCAGGACCUUGCACAAGUCCCGCAAUGCAUGAUGCUCAAGUCCCCUGCGUAAUGAGGAAGCAGGCUGAGGGCUGAGGGAAGGCAAAGGGGAGAUAUGAAUGUGUUCCGAAGGUUUCCCGGUGGCUCAUGGCAUCCUCCAAAGUCCUGCCUGCGAGCUGUUCCUGACCAAGAAAACCCGCGGAGCCUGACUCUGAAAUCCAGUCCCGAUGAAGAGGAGGUGAUAUUCAUGUGUCCUGGCUCACACGUGAAGCAGAGGGCUUCUUGGAGUUGGUUCUUCCCUUUCCCCUUUAUUCAGUUCUGGCAAUGGAACUCAAGUGUCCAGGCUUUCAGAAUGGAUAACGACCAGCCGCCUGUGGUGACUGCCACCCUGCUGGUGCCCCUUCAGAACAGCAGCUGCGCGGAAGCAGCUGAGGCCCUGCUGCCCCAUGGCCUGAUGGGAUUGCAUGAGGAGCACAGCUGGAUGAGCAACAGGACAGAGCUUCAGUACGAGCUGAACCCUGGAGAGGUGGCCACCGCCAGCAUCUUCUUUGGCGCUUUGUGGUUGUUCUCCAUCUUUGGCAAUUCCCUGGUAUGUCUGGUCAUCCACCGGAGCCGGAGGACUCAGUCCACCACCAACUACUUCGUGGUGUCCAUGGCGUGUGCUGACCUUCUCAUCAGCGUGGCCAGCACGCCGUUUGUCGUGCUGCAGUUCACCACCGGGAGGUGGACCCUGGGUAGCGCCAUGUGCAAGGUGGUCCGCUACUUCCAGUACCUCACCCCCGGCGUGCAGAUCUACGUGCUGCUCUCCAUCUGCAUCGACCGCUUCUAUACCAUCGUCUACCCGCUGAGCUUCAAGGUGUCCCGAGAGAAGGCCAAGAAAAUGAUUGCAGCCUCCUGGAUCUUGGACGCGGCCUUCGUGACGCCUGUCUUCUUUUUCUACGGCUCUAACUGGGAUAGUCACUGUAACUACUUCCUCCCUCCCUCCUGGGAGGGAACUGCCUAUACCGUCAUCCACUUCUUGGUGGGCUUCGUGAUUCCCUCCAUCCUCAUAAUCCUGUUUUACCAGAAGGUCAUAAAGUAUAUCUGGAGAAUAGGCACGGACGGGCGGACGCUGAGAAGGACGAUGAACAUUGUCCCCAGGACAAAGGUGAAAACGGUCAAGAUGUUCCUGCUCUUGAACCUAGUGUUCCUGUUCUCCUGGCUACCUUUCCAUGUGGCUCAGCUCUGGCAUCCCCAUGAGCAAGACUACAAGAAGAGCUCCCUUGUCUUCACGGCAGUCACGUGGGUAUCUUUCAGCUCUUCAGCCUCGAAACCCACUCUGUACUCUAUUUAUAAUGCCAAUUUUCGGAGAGGGAUGAAAGAGACAUUCUGCAUGUCCUCGAUGAAAUGCUACCGCAGCAAUGCCUACACCAUCACGACCAGCUCACGGAUGGCCAAAAGAAACUAUGUGGGCAUUUCGGAAAUCCCUCCCGUGAGCAGGACCAUAACCAAAGACUCCAUCUAUGACUCAUUUGACCGGGAGGCCAGGGAGAAGAAGCUCGCCUGGCCCAUCAACUCAAACCCUCCAAACACUUUUGUCUGAUUUCUAAGAAGUCUUUCACUGUUAUGUGCCAGAGAUUAAAAAGCUUUCACUAUAAAGUGAGAAUUGAUUUACUUAGUUUUCACUAAACUUCCGUUUUGUAAAACAUGUUCACUAUUGAUUA